AUGUCCCGGGACGAAGAGAAAGCUUCCAGCAGCGGUGUCGAGCAUAUCGAUACCGUUCCUGAUACCAAGUAUUCCGAUGUCGAUGUCGAUGAGGAGUUCAGUUACAAGGAGCAACGGAAAAUCGUUCACCGCGUGGAUCUACGACUGGUUACAACCUGUGGUCUGGGAUAUUGCAUCAGUUUGAUGGAUAGAACCAACACGUCCAUGGCAGCAAUUGCGGGCAUGAAUAAGGAGUUGGAAUUGGGAGUGGGAUUUCGAUACUCCGUCAUUGUCUUGAUCUUCUUUGUGACAUAUAUCGUCUGCCAACCUUUUGCAACUGCUAUGAUUCGGAAAAUCGGACCGCGAAUUUUCAUCUCCAUAAUCGUGGCCACUUGGGGUGUUGUUUUGAUUGGUUUUGGAUUCACGAAGACUUGGCAGCAGAUGGCCGGUUUACGAGCGCUUCUCGGUAUUCUUGAGGCUGGUUAUUUCCCGGGCACCGUAUAUCUUCUUUCCUGCUGGUAUUCGCGAUAUGAGGUUCAAAAACGAUACUCCCUCUUUUAUUUUAUCGGCGCAGUUGCUGGCUCCUUGUCUGGUAUUCUUGCAUUCGGACUAAGCCAGAUGAAUGGCAUGCACGGUUUAGGAGGCUGGAGAUGGAUUUUUAUCAUGGAAGGAGUUAUUUCAAUCGCUGUUGCCGUAGUGUGCUAUAUUUUCAUUGUCGACUUCCCGGACAAGGCGCACAAGGCAUGGGGGUUCCUCAAUUCUAGAGAACAAGCAUUCAUUAUUCGGCGGUUAAACAAAGAUCGGGGCGAUGCCGACCCAGAACCAUUUAGUAUGGCAAAGUUCCUUCGACCAGCGUUGGACCCGAAAGUCUGGGGCUUUGCGAUGGUCUUCUUCUGUCUUACCACCGUCACAUACGCUAUUGCAUACUUCCUUCCUAUAAUUCUCGCUCAAGGAAUGGGAUUCGGUGUCGGCGAAUCGCAGUGCCUUGUAGCACCACCCUACUUCUUCGCUGCCAUUCUUAUGUUUGCAACAUCCUGGGCUGGAGAUAAGUAUAGGAUGCGCGCCCCGAUUAUUGCUUUUAAUGCUAUUAUCACCUUGAUCGGUUUGCCGAUGAUGGGAUUCGCCAAAGGAAACGCCGUGCGGUACGUGGGCGUCUUCCUCACCACUGCGGGAGCCAACGCGAACAUCCCGGCGUCUAUGGCCUACCAAGCGAAUAAUAUUCGCGGACAAUGGACUCGCGCGCUGUCCAGUGCCACGUUGGUUGGAAUGGGCGGCGUUGGAGGUAUUGCGGGUAGCUUGGUGUUCCGGUCCCAGGAUGCACCCGAGUAUAUUCCUGGGAUCUGGGCUGCAAUCACAUCUCAGCUCGUGAUCCUUGUGAUUCUCGUGGUGAUGAGCUUAUAUUUCUGGAGGUGCAACCGCAAGGCAGAACGCGGAGAGCUCGUUAUCGAGGGUUCUGCUGAGUUCCGAUAUACGAUUUGA